AGCUUUGACAGGUCAAAUCAAUUGCACAAUAUAAUGAGGAAGUAAAUUAGGAUAUAUACACCGCCAUAUUUUUAUUGACAAAUUUUGUUCUUCAAGUUUUAAAAAGAACUUUUCCAGCGGAUAAAAAAGGUUUAAAAUGGCAGUAUCUGGCAGAAAGGCACCGCAGAAGUUUGCUUCCUCUAUGUCUAGAGGUUCCGGUGAGGACUUUGAAAUAUUCUGUCAGCCAUGCGACAGGGAUGAUAUCAGACUUCCUGCCUUCGGUUUCUGUGUAGAUUGUGAAGAGCAUCUAUGUGAAUCUUGUUUUAACCACCACAAGAGAGCUAAACCUUUAAGGCAUCACACCCUCCUUGAUAAGCACAACAUGCCACAAAGUCUACAAGUUUCUUCACAACCAGAUCCCCAUGCUUUGCCUGGUGAUCUUACAAAACCAUGCUCUACACACAAGAAGGAAAUGAUCAAGUUCUACUGCCAUUCCCAUAAUGCACUUCUCUGUAGUGUAUGUGUAACCCUAAAACAUCAAAGCACUGCCUGCCAUGUGGACUACAUACCUGAUAUAUCUGGCAAUAUUGUCAACAGUAAGGAGUACAGAAAGAUCAUUAAAGAGAUAGACGACAUGAUUGGAAUAUUUCAAGAUACAGCUGGAGACCUUAAGAAAAUGACAGAAAAAUCUAAUGCUUCUUUGACGAAAGUUCUUGCAGAAAUUAAAAAGUUCAGGAAAGAGAUCAACCAAAGGCUGGAUGCUAUGGAAAAUGAAGUUGAAAAUGCAGCUAGCUCUCUGAAAAAAGGCAAUGACCAAAGACUUAAGACAGCACAAGCAACAUGUGAAGAUGUUAUAAAAGACCUUCAAGAAUCAUCAGACUCCAUCAAACAACUUAACACAUCAAACAAAGAAGACACACUGUUCAUGGAAUUGAAAACUGCUGAGCAGCUAAUUAAAGAGAAUGAGAACAAGAUCUCACAGCUAACAACUCAUCAAGAUGUGAAAGAAUAUCACUUUCAGCCAAAUCUGGAUAUAUCUACCCUGCUUGAAAAUGAGAAAUCCCUUGGAACAUUAACUACAAAACCAUUAAAACCACCAGUAAAUGUCUCAGUCAAGAUAAAAUCCAAACAGUUUUCACACCAAGGAGAAUUUACUGUGAGAACAUCACAAGAUGAAGAAGAGUGCUGGAUCACAGGGAUGAUUCUUCUUACAUCUGACAUACUUAUUGCUGCAGAUUAUGCAAACAAAUCAAUCAAAAUGAUCAACAUCAACAGUUGCUCCAUCAUUGAUCAACUAAAACUAGAUACGAGUCCCUGGGAUGUCACAACAGUCUCAAAUGACAAACUAGCAGUCACACAACCAUAUCAAAAUGAAAUUCAGUUUGUAUCACUUACAUCAAACAGACUAAAAAGAAAAAACACUAUAAAAGUUGAGGGAAAGUGCUAUGGUAUAUACUGUUACAAAGGACAACUCAUAGUGGUAUUCAACGCACCAGCAAAACUCCAAAUCAUUGAUCUGAAAGGCAAAGUACUAAAAUCAGUCACUAAAAAUACAAAUAGGGAAGAUAUUUUCAGUGAUCCAGAGUAUGUUACAGCCAGCAGCAGCUCUAUCUAUGUAUCUGACAGUGGAAAGCAUGCUGUUAUACAGUUAAACUGGCAAGGUGAAGUGACAGGUACUUAUAGUGUAUUAGGUGAUGCUGCAGGUCUUGCUAUGUUAGCAGAUGGAUCAUUUUUUCUGAGUAAUUAUGUAGAUGGAAUCUGUAACAUACAAAAUAUAUCUAGUGACUGUACUAGAGGAGAAGUUGUGUUGAAGGAUUUGAAGAAACCCUUUGCCAUCUGCUGGUGUGAGACCAACAAAACCUUGUAUAUCAGCAGCAUUACACUUGAUGCAUCUGUAGACAACUUUGUUCAGGUUUACAAGCUGUCAUGAUAACUUCAGCAGGAAAUAUCUGCCCCUUUGCUAACAUUCCACACAGUAUAUUUAAAUAAUGAUCAGUGCUUUUGUAAAACAACCAAUGUCACUGUCUGUACAGUGCUAAUAAAGCCUUUUAAAAA